AUGUCGGCGACGAAGAGCAGUCAGGAGCUAAGAAUUUUUGGCCUGCCCGUGAAAUGGGCAUCAUUGGUCUUGCUGACCUUUGUGACGACUUGGACCAUCUUUGCCAUCAAGCUCGCUCGGGCGAGCAGCAAAGAAUACCUCAACAGUUCAGUCGUGCUGUUUACAGAGCUGUUCAAACUUACAUUUAGCUUCUUCUUUCUCUCGCUGGAAACGAAGAGCCCUUUUCUGGCGGCUCGAAGUUUUUGGAUCGAAUGCCGCUACAAUCCAUUGGGAAUGCUGAAGCUGGGUGUUCCAGGAUUGGCUUACACCAUCCAAAACAACUUGAUCUUCCUCUCCGUGGAUCUCUUGAGCGCGGCAGUCCAGCAGGUGACCUACCAGCUGAAGAUCUUGACCGCUGCAUUGCUCAGUGUCUUGAUGCUGAAAAGGACUGUGGGUCGGAAGCGGUGGCUGGCACUCUGCGUUUUGGUGGCUGGAGUCAUGUUGGUGCAACUGCCGAACUCUGACGGCCUGGAAGGAUCUCCUCAGAUGGGCCGAGCAUUGGUUGGCUUUCUGGCAGCACUGGGUGCCUGUUUUGCCAGCGGCUUUGGCGGUGUCUACAUGGAAAUGGUUCUGAAAGGUUCUUCAACCUCAAUUUGGCUUCGAAAUGCUCAGCUUGCCAUUUUUGGCGCCUCCACUGCGACAUGGGUCGUUUUACAAGAGGGUGAGGUGAACCUCACGCGUGGAUAUACUCCCUGGGUAUGGCUCAUGGCAUUCACUGUGGCCUCUGGUGGUCUGUUGGUGGCUGCGGUCUUGAAGUAUGCUGACAACAUCUUGCGGCAAUUCAGUACCGCCAUCUCGGUGAUCUUGACCACGGCACUGUCGGCCUUGGUGCUGCAGGAUAUCACGUUGGAUCUCACGUUCGCGGCGGGAACGGUGCUGACCAUCGGCGCAACCUUCAUGUACAGCGGAUUGCUGGCAGUGAGUGAGCUGAUGACGAUUUGGGUUUGUCUCAACAGAGGCUACUCGGGUACUCCCUUCCAGCUCAUGGUGAGAUCGGCCGUUGCCGACCUCUACUUGCUGAAGGAGCAGAUCUCACCCAAAGAUGCACUGAGAGCCAGGGCAUAUCCUGUGCCAAAUGAGACCGCAGAAGAGAAGGCAAAGAAAUGCUUGGUCCUGGCAGAGGCGAAGCUCCUGGCGUUUGGCCCGGGAGAGACCUUUCAGGCGGCAUUGGGCGAGGCUCACGACGUGAUGCAAGCGGAAGGAUCCAAAGUGAGAAUCCAGCUGUUGCAACUGAAGGCCCUGGCCGCAGUGAUGAGGAGACAACUCUCAGAAGCCCUACAUUUUGCCAAAGAAAGCAGAAUGUUGGCAGAUGCUCUCGUGCUUGGGCCAUCUGGCCCAGAGCCUGGCAAUUUGGAGUGCCUGGCACAGGCUCAUUGUCUCACUUCCGUCAGCUAUCGACUGAGUGGUGAUUUUGAAGGCUCCACGGAGGCUGCGCGGAAACUUGUGCAGUUGGGACAGAAGCAUGGGCAAUCCGAGCUGGAAGCAUGUGGUGAGAUUCUCAUUGCAAGUGUGGCUCUGGCUCGUGCUGAGCCAACCCUUAGCUCUACCCAAAUCUCAAUGAAGCUGAAGCAUGUGCAGCUUCUCCAGCGCGGCAGCGCUUUGCAGCAAGCUGCUGCAUCCGCUGAGCGCGCCUGGCACCUCUCAGUCAGCUGGCCUUGCCGCUCUUCGUUGCAGAUCUCCCUGCGCGGCGCGGCCCUGCUGCGGCUCUCCCAGGCGGCGCUGCAGGGCCAAGAUGCCACAGCCUUGGCGCGACAGGAGCUGCGCAGCUUGCGGGGCUCCCGCUGUCAGGCGCUGCAGGUGGCUGCCAUCACUGCCCUGGGGGCCGCCCAGCUCCCAAGGGUGGAGGAAGCCCUGGCACGGCUGCGGACGUUUGGCAGGGAAGCGGAGGGAGCACGGAUGGAGGUGGCAUUCAUGGCUGCGAAGUAUUGGAAGUCAAUGGGGAAGGGAUUGGAUCAGGAUGAAACUGAUCUGGAGUUAGAGAAUUGGGACAAGGCGACGGCAUAUCUUCAGCAGGCGCUAUCUCUCGCGCGUGCUCGCCAAGAUUUCAUCUCGGAGGUGGCUGCCUUGCACUUCUUGACGGAGCUGCACCUGAAGAUCGGGCUGCAGCCUCCUAGCUCGAAUUUGCGAAGCAGCAUUUCAGCACAGCUCAGUCAGGCGGUUGCCGAGUCGAAUCGGCUGCAGCAGCUGCUGCCGUUGUCGGACGCAGUGCAAGCGAUAGAAGAUGCCGGGUGCCAGGUCGAUGAACUUCUGGCGCCUGCAGACAUUCGUGAGGCCAUGUCUGCCAUUGAGUCCAAAGCUGACUGGUGGGAGACAGCCCUAGAGGAGGCGAAGGUACCUUCAGUUUUGACGUCCUUCACAGAUGCGAAGAAUGGAGACAUCAAAGGACCGCCGCUCUCGAUGGUUGAAGUGACCAGGGAGCAGCUGUACAGCGAUGUCCGAGUGGCGGGUGUGCAAUACGGGCCCAGGUAUCGGCAGGUUCAAGGUUUCAUCCCGGCAGGAAAGUCCUUGACAUCAAGGCCUGCUGUGGUGGGUGUCUUGCGAUCCUCAUCAGAAGCUGAGGAGCCGAUUGAGCUGUCCUUUUCCCACUGGCCCCACAGGUCUCCAACCUGGACAUGCACCGCCCCAUCCUGGAGCGCAAAGCUCGCCCGGGCGGGUACGGAAACCCAGCCCGCUGCCAAAGUUGUGGCGGGCUGUCUGGUGGUGCUGUGGAAUCACCGGUCAUCAAAACGAUCCCGGUGCCGUUCGCGGAAAAAGCCGUGCAUCUGCCGAGCUCAUCAUUUGGAGAUGGAGUACAUGGACUAUUCUCCUCUGCCAGCGGCUGAGAAUUCUUGGGCCUUGGUCACUGGAGCUGCCACAGGGCUAGGGUGGAAGCUGGCACGGGCCUGUGCCAACGCCGGCUAUGGCCUGAUUCUGACGGAUCAAGCUGCAUCUCUACAGGGGUUGGAGGACUUCUACGAGACUCUGGGAGUAUCUGCAGAUCGAAUUCUGCAAAUACCGAUGAAUCUUGCGGAUCCCUCUGGGGGAGUGGCUCUUCUGCACAGCCAUAUCAAGGAGGAAGGCUUGGAUGUGUGCAUUCUCUUCGUGUGUUCGGAUCAAUAUUCCUACACCGGCAACUUUUUGGAGCAGAAGGUGGAUAACUUGGACAAGAUGCUGGCGCUGAACGUUGGCGCCACCACGGUCCUGUGUCGCCUCUUUGGGGAAGACAUGUUGAAGGCCGGGCGGGGUCGGAUCCUUCUCAUCGGCGCCCCGCAGGGGGCCUCCUUGGGCGUGGCCGGGGCCAGUGCCUUCGCUGGGUCCAUGGCCUUCAUCCGGACCUUGGCCAAUGGCCUGCGGAAGGAAUUCGCCGACACUGGCGUGGGCAUCUCCUGCAUGGAGACCUCCUCCCUGGGGCGCGAUGGAUCGCUGACGCAAGCGUUGGAGAACACCUGUGUGGGCUUCCUGGUGAAAAAGGAGGUGGACGCUGCGCCGCAACGAGCGCCGAUGGAGCGGAAAGUGAUGCUGGCCACGCCAGCUGCAGAGCAACGUCGGCGAGUCGUUGAGGAGAGCAACACAUUCAAGGGUGAGACAGAGGCGAUGAUCGAUAGGUCUGUGAAGGAUGAAUAUCUAAGGUUGGCAGAGGAAGAAGGCUUCACUCCCUUGCCGUAUGGAGCCGAGAUAGAUCGCUUUCAGCAUGCUCCGCUGUCAGAAGUAUCCAGCGCGCUACUGGUGGGCCUGGCGCUCAUGGUCUAUGUGCUUGCCCGUUCGCCCGGCAUUUCGGAAGGCACCGUUCGAGUGCUCGAAGCGUCUACGUCUGCAAUCAAUGCCCUCUUCACCAUUGACUACCUGGCACGUUGGUGGUGUCACGGUUUGCGCUUGAACUAUUUGCUGAACCCCAUCAUGAUCGCAGACUUGUUGAGCAUCUUGCCCUUCUUAUUGCGGCCAUGGGUUGCGGAGGUCUCGGAGUUGGAGUUGACGUUUCUGAAACUCAUCCGGGUCCAGAGAAUCUACCGCUUCUUCCGACCUAAGGCCUUCAAGAGCAUCCUGCGCAUUCUACUGGGACCCGACCAAGCUCAACCAUAUGAAGAUGGACUUCAGGAAGUGCGACCCUACCAGCUGCAGGUCCUGCGGACUUUCGGAGUGGUCUUCACGUUGCUUUUCAUCACUGCCGCGCUAUUCUACGAGGCCGAGCAAGUGGUGAAUCCUCAGUUCGGCGACAUCUUCUCCUCCUUUUACUUCAGCACCAUCGCGCUCUCCACCGUGGGCUUCGGCGACAUCGCUCCAAUGACGCCUCAGGGACGCCUGGUCAUUACCGUUGCCGUGAUCCUGGGCUUAUGCCUGAUCCCCUCGGAGGCCUCCUUAGUGGCUGCAGCAAUCUCGGAGGAACAGCGCUUGCAGGAUGAGCAGGAGGCCGAGAAAGCCUUGGCGGAAGCCGAGCGAGCCGAAGCUCAACUGGCCUGGGAUGCCGCAAGGAUUGCUGAGUUGGAAGACCAGACACGUGAAGAACGCGCGCGUUUGGUGGAGCUGGAGGAGCAAGCCAAGUCGUGGGGCCAGAAAGAUAGUUCGAGGUCGGCAUCCAGCGAAGCGCGCUGA